AUGGAAAGGAUAAUUUUUAAUCAAAUUCUCGAUAUUUGCCUUAAAAACAAGCUUAUGAGUGGAUCGCAGCAUGAUUUUCUACCUGGACGAUCUUGCGAAACGUGUCACUUAGCUUUUAUUAACCUCGUCACUUCCCUUCGUGACGAGCAACAAUCAGUGGUUUUCAUUUUCUUUGACCUGAGCAAAGCCAUCAACAAGGUACCGCAGAGAAGUCUUCUGGUAAAACUGGAAGACAUCGACAUCCGUCCCACUCUCCUCGACUUCAUAAGUUCCUUCAUGCCUAACCGCAGUCAGAAGAUCUUAAGUGAUUAUUGCAGUGGUUUUCGUCCCCUACUCUGUCCAAUCAUUACUGCCGUUCUCCGUUAUAAAAUCCGGACGAUGGGCUUCAUGGUCUCUGGUAAUGCGCGUGGCGGUUCUGCUGUUGUCGCCAGCUUGUCGCUGUAA